UGAGUUCUUUGCAACUGAAUUGCUCUAUUUAUUUCUGUAGUUGAAAAACGAGUAAAAACUAAGCUGGCAUUUUUCAAGGGGUGCCUUGAGGUUAAGAACCACUGAGCUAGAGCAUAAUUGGCCCCUGAAGUCUUGUUUUAAGGCAUUUUUAUAAAUAACCUUUUUUUAACAGAUUGUUUCUUAAUGAGAACCAUUAAUGGAAUAAGCAGAGCAGUUCCUGAGGAAUUUUACUGGUGUUCGUAUUAUACCCCUUGUCCUCAUGGAUGCCCAAGUGUCUUACAAAUAGCAUAUAGCAUGUCUACCCCAAAGUGCUAGCUUCUUGCAGUGGCAUAGUGGGAGAUAUUGCAGCGCAUAGCAACUCAUUUCUAAGCCAGAUGCCCCAUGGCAGUGCUGCUGAGCCGAGGGAGCUUUCGGGCCUAACAUUUGCUCCAUGAAUUUAUUCAGAGUUGAGGUUGAGGAGACCAUGCAUGUGCCCUGCGUGUUGAUGCAUGUCUAGCAGCAGCAUCAUAACACAAGUGAGGGAAUGGCAGAAGGAGGGGAUGCCGGUGCUCCGCCCAUCCGUCUGUGGGUGCGACGGGUAGGCGUUUACUGCGAUGAACGCCGAAAAACAUGGCUUGUGGCUGUGGCAGAGGAAGAGGGUACGCUGAGGGCCCGGAUCCGAAGAGUUCAGGUUCCCCUGGGUGAGGCACUGCGGCCCAGCCAGCUCCCCCCAUCCCAGCUGCCUCAUAUGUGGCAGCUGUCCCUGAGUGAGCAGUACAGGGAUAGUAACUCUCGCAUUUGGGAGAUAGAGCACCAUCUAAUGAUUGGGGGAGUUGAAGAGCUGCUGCUUAGACUUAUGCCUGGUGAUUAAUCUGGAGUGGUUACUCUAGGAAGAUGCUCUUGUAUGUUUUAUACAAUAUAUGGUUCUCCCAUCACUGAACUGCAGCCACCUCUGAGGUGGAAGCUGU